GAGCAGGCAAUUUGCAAGGAAACACGUACUUGGAGCCCUCAAAUUUAAAAAUUUGGACAGUGGACUAGGCUCCAAGCACAUAAUCAGAUCUAAUGCAGUCAAAAGAGAAACAUCUCCCCCACACUUAAGAUCGACAUUGCCCUCAAUGGAGAAGAGGGAAAGAUAAGGGGAACGAUGUUACCGAUGUACACGGACUGCAGGAGACUGGAAGUGGACCAGUCAGCGGGAAACAUAUGGUACGACGGACGGUUCUGCACGAAGGGAACAUGAAGAACAGACUAGCACAUUGUGCGUUAGGGAUCAAAGUCAGCCCAGAUGGCCACAAAAUAGACAAUCCACAAAGAAAAGAAACAAAACACACGACAGACUAAGUUCAAGCUCCGCACACACAUGGAGCAAACACAAAAAUUCAAAAAUAAAAGAAGAAAAAAACUCUCAGAGGUGCGGCGAGUAUAGCCUACUCGUUGUCGAGGUCGAUGUCGUUCAUGAAGGCAUCAUCGUCAUCAGCUGGUGGAGGUGGAAGUGGAGAGUCCUCCCAAGUAGUCCUCCAGACUGGCUGCUCGCCCGGGAGCAGCUGGAGUAGGUACUGCUGGACCUCCUACAUACGCCGAGAUCGGGCUUGCUCCCUCUCGAUGCGAGCCAGGGUCACCCCCUGCUGGCUACAUCCGAUCAAGACGCUCAUCAUAAGCAGCCAUCCGGGUCCGGUACUCGACAUGGUGAGCCGAAUACUGCUGCUGGAACUGGAGCUGAUGGUCGAAGAGCUACUGAUUCUGGAGACGCAGCUGCUCGAAUUGGUGAGUGAAGUAGUCCUGGCCAGGGAAAGUGGAACGGCUACCCCCGUACUCGAAGGUGGUGGGGCGGGGGCAGUAGCGUCAUCGACAUCCUCGGGGUGGACAUCCUCAUCAGCCGCAUCCUCGGGAACCUCCGGUGGUCCUCCGCUGGGAUCUGAGGUUGAGGAAACCCCUCGAUCCACUUGACUCCUCGCUCUUCUCAAAGCAGGUGCAUGCGAUGGAUCAUAUCUUCGU